UUUUUUUAUCACUUUGUCACUUCCACUGACGAGAACACACAUUUUUGUGGAUUUUGCCUACUAAAAAAAAAAAAUUAGGCUACCAGCAAUUCUUUCACAAAAAUCCAGACACACAAAAAAAAUCAAAACCAAUCAACCAUGUCUGAUCCCGUGCAAAAACUAUUCGUCAAAUCAUUUAUCGGCUAUCUGAAAACACAAGUCGAAGGCCAACUUCUAGCCGCUGACGCCUUGGAAAGUUUGGAAGUGGCUGUCCAAUGUCUGCAAGCAGCAUUCGAUAUUAAUGAAGAAGAAGAAGCUCAAGCCGAGCCGGUUGCUGAAGCUACCCCAUCUGGGUCAACAGCAGCACCAACACCAUCUUUAACCGAAAAUGAAAUCGAUCUCUUUGAAAUGUUUCAAUCUCUCUUCAUUGAACGCAAUCCAAAAUCUCUCGAGAUGGCGGAACAAAUUAAAAAUGAAGGUAAUCGUUUAAUGAAAGAAGGUAAAUACCAUGAAGCUCUAAUUCAAUAUAAUCGAGCUCUAACAUUCGAUCCAAAGAAUCCAAUAUUUUAUUGCAAUCGUGCUGCAGCUUCAAUUCGAUUGGGUGAGAAUGAAAGAGCUGUUAGAGAUUGUAAAUCAGCUCUCGUUUACAAUCCAAGUUAUGGAAAAGCUUAUGGACGAAUGGGAAUUGCAUAUUCGAAUUUGGGCAAGUUUGAUGAUGCUCAAGCUGCUUAUUCGAAAGCUAUUGAAUUAGAGCCAGAUAAUCAAGAUUAUCGAACAAACUUGGAAGUGGCUAAGAAUCAAAGGCCAGUAGCGACAUCUGCUGACCCAGCAUUUAAUUUGGGUCCACAAUUGUCGGAAGCUAUUGGAGCUGUCUUAUCGAAUCCAGCACUUCGUGAUAUUGUUUCAAAUAUGCAAAUUAAUCGAAAUGAUCCUAGAUUGAUGAGCCUGUUUGAAUCAAUGACCGCUGCCACAGAAGGUGGCGAUCCAGAGAAUUUGGUGAAUCUGUUUCAAGCGGCUGCUUCAGGGUUUGCUAAUCUACAACAACCUGGUGCCAAUGAUCCUUCUAGACAACCACCGCAACCCUAAGUUAACCCACAAUAGACAGUUCUUCUUUCUACACUAACUUGUUCCAUUCAACGAAAAAAAUCUAUCACAAAAAAAAACAGAGAAAGAGAAUCUUUAUAAUUAGCAGAGCAGUGACGUCGUCGUCGAAUGAAUUUUUAAAUGUUUACGUGGUAAUUUUUGCGAAGAGCUAGACAGUUUGGUUGGUUAUUAUUAUUCUUUUUUUUCUUAUUUUUUAUCUUUUUUUUUCAGUGCAUUGUGUUCAUUAUGUGUUACACAUUGUUAUCAAUAUUUGCGAUUAGUCUAUUAUUAUUAUUAUAUACGAGAAAUAAAUAAUUAUUCAUUAAAAAAGGUA